AUGGAACGCGGAGUCAAAAUCUUCUUAUGGGGUGCAGGGAACAUUGACGAGUCUUGUGCCAACGACGGCAAUUUUUCAUUGUUCGUGAAAAUGUGCUUGUGCGACUGCUCAUUGGUCACGCAGUGGCAGCUCGAGGCCCCCACUGUCGUGCCCGUUGCGAAGGCUGGCGACGUCGCCCAGACCGCCAAGGCCCGAGAGGAGGCCCCCAACCGCGAGGAGAAGGUUAAGGCCGCUGGCGCCGCCCCCACCGCGGCCUCUGCAACCGCUGCCCCUCAGGUGGCGAAGUCCAAGGCGGCAAUGUUGGUGGCCGGUGGCAGUGGAGCUCCCAAGGCGGCCGGCAGUGGCCCGACCACCACCAGCCCGGCCUCGGCGGGCGUCAGCGCUCCGGCCAAGGCCAAGGCUGCCGUGUCCCCCAUCUCGGCCGCCGCCGUCAUGGAGGAGGGCAAGAAGCCGGCGACUGCUGCCGAGCGCCUGACAGCCACGGGCUCAGCCCUGGCACGAGGAAUGGGGGCGAAGGCCGAGGCACCCAAGGCCAAGGCCAAGCCGGCCAUGGCUGUGCCGAGCACCUCGAAGUACGCCGGCGGUGUGGCCUCGACCCAGUCUGCUCCCACCAGCGUGCUGAACAUCGUGAGUGGCAAGCCGGUGGCAGCAGGUGAGAUUGGCACCAACGCCUAUGCAACCAGCACGGUUGGCCCGGCCAGGGGCUAUGCCAAGGCUGCAGCUGCCGCAUUGCCCGCGAGCGCAGCAGGUGCUGAUGGCAAGGCGCAGGACGUGCCCAAGGUCGGACCACCUGCAGUCGCUGUGGGACGGGCGAUGGCCGAGGGGCGUGGUGCUGUGUCCACGGUUGGUGGCAAGUUGGUCACCACCAUCAGCAAGAAGUACCAGAUCGUCUUCGUCACCAGUGAAGUGGCUCCCUUCUCCAAGACUGGAGGCCUGGGAGAGGCCAUGGAUGGCCUGCCGAUUGCGCUGGCGGCCCUGGGCCACCGCUGCAUGGUCAUCUCUCCCCGCUAUGACCAGUACAAGGAUGCUUGGGACACCGGCUACUGGGGCUCGGUGCCCAUGGGCGGCAAGAACGAAUCCGUGCACUUCUUCCACACCUACAAGCAGAAGGUCGACUACGUGUUCGUCGAUCACCCGACCUUCCUGGAGCGCGUCAACGGAGAGACCGGUGCCAAGUUGUACGGCCCUGAGUGGGGUCAGGACUUCGCGGACAACCAAGCUCGCUUCGCCUACUUCUGCAAGGCUUCUUUGAAGGCCAUCCAGGAGCUGCCUUUGGGCGGUGCUGUGUACGGCGGCGACUGCAUGGUCGUGUGCAACGACUGGCACUCGGCCCUGGUCCCGAUGCUCAUCCACGCUGAGAAGCCCACAGGCAAGUGGACCAACACGAAGUCCGCGUUCCUCUGCCACAACGCCGUGUUCCAAGGUCGCUUCGUGCGCGAGGAAGGCCUGGCCAGCAUCUUCGGCGUUCCGGAGCGCUACAUCGACAGCAUCACCUUCAAGAUGCCGCUGCGCAUCGGCAAGUACAACGAGAAGAUGUCUUGCAUCAACACCAUGGCUGCGGGCCUUAAGUACGCCGACCGGGCCUUGACCGUGUCUCCCAGCUACGCGGUGGAGUGCUGCACGGAUCCGGAGAAGGCGCCCAUGCCGCUGUUAGCUGAGCGUGAAAGUGCGGCAGUGCAGGGCGUGGAGCUCGAGGACCUCUUCACGCUGGGAAAGUGCACAGGAAUCUUGAACGGCGUGAAGGAGGGCGUGUCCCCCAGCGACAAGAACUUCGUCACGAAGACCAUGAUGUCCUGCGGCAUCUUCACGGCGGCCACGGCGCCCGAGGCGAAGGCCGAGCUCAAGGCCACCUACCGUGCGCAGAACAACCUCCCCGAGUCCAAGGGGCCCCUGAUGUGCUUCAUCGGAAGGCUGGAUGCCCAGAAGGGCUACGACCUCCUCUUAGAGGCCCUGGUGGGGAUCCUGGAGGACACUGAGAUGCAGGUGGUCAUCGUGGGCUCCGGCCGCGCCGACCUCGUGGCCCAGCCUGGCACCUACGUCUGGGUCUACUGGACGAAGGCCGUCGAGAAGAAGUUUCCCACCAAGUUCUUCUAUGCAGGCUGGAUGGGCCCUGAGCGCUACGCUCUGCUGGCCGGCUGCGACUUCACCCUGCUGCCGUCCCGGUGGGAGCCCUGCGGCCUGGUGCAGAUGGAGGCCAUGCGCAUGGGCACCUUGCCCAUCGUCGCCCCGACGGGUGGCCUGAAGGACACUGUUGAGGAUGGCCUGAACGGAAUCUGGACCGACAAGGAGAUGUCUGUGGAGGCCGUUAUUGACGAGGAGUCCGUGGAGUCCAUCGCGAAGGCUUUGAAGCGCGCUUCGAAGCUCUUCAUCGCGGAGCCAGCGAAGGUCAAGGCCAUGACUCGGGCAGCCAUGGCCGCCUCCGCAGAGUUCACCUGGAGCAACGCGGCCCUUCAGUACGAGGCCGUCUUCGAGGAGCUGGGCGUCAAGGACACGCUGAAGGGAGGCCUUGCGACCGUCACUUUGGAGAUGGACAAGCAGGCGUUGGUCUUGAGCGAUUGGAACGAGUCUCUUUUGUUUUGGGAAGCUGGGUGCGUCUUCGUCAGGGUGUAG